AUUGUUUUACAUAAUCUGAGCCACACUGAAAGAAUUAAGAUUCCAUUAUUGGCAUGUCUUGCUGCCGAACAGCUAGAAACCUCCAUAGAGGAGCUGCUGUCACCUUGGAAACGUUCGGGAGGAAGAACCGGCCGCCUGAAGAGCGGCAUGGAGCCACGCAGCCACCGCAGCGUCCGGCUCCACAGCCCCACACGGGUGCCCAGUUGGUGCUCCAGGAACUUCACCAGAACGCCUCUCCGUUUGGGACUGCAGCACUGGGAUUUCAGUUUAUACGUGCGCACUUCUCGCUCGGUUUCUCAGAGGUGUAUCACCCACGGCUGUGCCUACGGGACCUGGGCAUCAGUGAGUGCCUCUGUACUCGUCCUGCAGCUUAAAGCGGGGCUGGAUGCAUUGACUCCCAGUGGGUGACUGGGAAUCAGGAGAUACGACCUUGUCUGGGGAACUGUAACUUGGCACCUUCAGAGGGAUGCCCGAUAUCUCCUGUCUUCUCCCAUGUGCGUGUGAGAGGAGAAUGCUGGCCCCGGUGCCAAGCGGUUCACCACCAUGCACUGCACUCGCUCACAGCUCAUAGCGAAGGCACCAAUUAGCUGUUCAUUUUUGACUCAAGCUGGUUACGUUCACAGGAAACUUAGCGGUCACACUUGUCUUCACCGAUUGCCGAGGCCGAUCCUGGGAUGUCGUCGCUAUGAAAAUGAGCCAAGCAGGCGUGAAGGAGCCGUGCACAACCCCCGCGGCAGCAGCGCUCCCCGGCCGCCCGCCUGCACGCCCCGCGCGGGGCCAACCGCGUCCAGCGGCUGCGGGCGCUGCUCCCCCCGCUCCCCCCGGCGCCGCCGCGUGGUUCGCUCCGUUGCCGGGGCAGCGCGGGCAGCGGCCGGGCCCUUCCGCCGCCUUUGGCCGAGGAGAGGCCGCGUGGAGCGAGCUGGGCCGCGGGGCUUCGGCAGCGAGCGCUCGGGCCGCUCCGGGUACAUCGCCGCGGCUUCGCUCGUGUGCGGGGGUUCGUUCUUCGUGCGGUCCCGCUUUGCCUUUAAGGCACCAACUUUAUGGCUUCCUGCAGAUUUCUGUGUACUCACCGACUCGCAGCCGUCUCCGUGUCAGCCCACCUGCUCUGACGGAGCCGCCGGGAUGGACAGCAGCGAGCCCGGGGGGGGUGGUGAGGAGGAACCGACUCUCAUCCCGUUUCUGGAGCAGGAAGGCAACGGCGCAGCAGCUCAGAGCCCCGACCUGAGAGAACAUGGGGAAGAAGACAAGCUUGAAGAAGAUUUGUCUGAUGGCGGCAAGAUGGAGAACGAGGUCACUUCGGAAGGAGCUGGAGACAAGUCUGAACCUAGCAUGGACAGCUUGGAACACUGCUCGGACAUUACAGAUAGUCACGCUCUGAAGUCUGCAGAUAGAAUUUGCCUGUUUGCUUUACCCAGGGACCUAAAAGAGCUCAGUGACAUGGCCAAAGAAAAGCAACUUGUGGUGCAGAAAAUCAGAGACGAGCUGACUGCCUGCCAGCUGCGGAUCAAAACACUAGAAAAGCAGCUGGAGUAUGUAGACAUUGAAACAGAAGAGAAGAAGGAGGCUGGCAACGUCGCGGCCGUGUUCCGCCUCCAGGCAAUGCACAGGCGACUGUGCACUGAGCUGGAGGAUGAGAAGGAUUUUGAGUUGAGAAUUGCUUUGACACUGAAAGAAAGCACGCUUGAGAUGUGGCAGAUAGAAACCCAGCUGGGAAAACAUGAAAUCCUCCAUAAACAAGUUAAAAAAGAUGAGGAGGAGCUAGAGAUGCAAUACCAAGAGCAAGCAGAAGUGCGGAUUCGGAAGGAAAAAAUAGCAGCACUGAAAGCAGAAGAAAAUCAGCUGUCUCUAAAAAAAAAAGAAGAGGAAGCCCAGAAAAAAUAUGAAAAAAGGUGUAAAGAAAUGGUUGAAGGUGCCAAAAGGAACCAUGACAAAGCAGUCUACUUCCUAAGAAAAAGCAUGGCAAGAAUUCAUGAGAAGAAUGCAAAGGAAGAAGCAAAAACUCAGGAGCAUAUGGAGAGAAGGAUGCAAGCUGUGCUCUCCCUGAAAAACAGCAUAACUUCCAAUAGGGAAAAACUGCAGGCUCUCCAGGCUCGGAACAAAGAAAUGGCCUGUGAGGCAAAGAAGCAGGAGAUGACAAUGAGGGAGGCUAUCCGAGCAGAAGGAGGCAAUGUUGCCAAGGAAAUUUUUCUCCAUAAACGUCUGCUAGAGCAUGAAAAAGAGAAACAAGCUUUCAUAGAACAACAAAAAUCAAGAAAAAUUGAGAUUGUAUCUAAAAUUUUGCAAGAAAAAGCUUCUAUUCGCAAGCAGAAAAAUCAGCAGUCCUGUACUAAGGCAAUUAAGAGUGGUGGGAAAUGUAAGGAUUCUUCACUGUGGAGAAAGAAAGCAUGGCGAUACAUUGAGAAGAGCUGCAAGCAUCCAGCUGGAGAGCUACCACAGAAGCCGUGCUGCUCUCCGUCACCUUCCUCCCCAGCUGGUGAGAGAACUGCUUCUGCAGGAGGGCAUCCUGAAAACAUCCCCCAUGAUGUGCUCUGUGAAAAUGAUGAAGAUGAGAAGGAGAGGGACAAGAUCCCAGCAGAACCAGAGCUGCCAGGACUACAGAGUCAGGAAUGUGACUUGGACAAGAUAUCCAAAGAAGAAACGGAUACGAAGCAGCUGGCUACAAGGGUAAUGGAAACAGAGAUUUUAGAGGAAAAAAAGGAGGAAUUCCAAACUAGAGUUUUUCGUAAGGGAACAGAGUCUGGUCAUGAACAUAAAGGACAAACUUUCUAUAGCAAACCAAGUUGCAUUCAUUUCAAGGACUUUGAUGUUGGGAAAAUCUACAAAAAGAAGAUAGUUUUGAUAAAUGCCUCCCCCAGCAUUAACUACUGCAAACCAGUGGCAAUCAGUGAAUGGCUGAAGGACUUCAUCAGCAUUCAGUUUGACCCGCCUGGCAAAAUGUCUGCAGGAAUGUCCUGUGAAGUGGGGGUAACCUUCAGACCAGUGAUAAAUGAAAACCUGGAAGGAGAAAUCAUGUUUAUGGCCCAGACAGGUUCUUUCUUUGUUCCAUUGAAGUGUACAGUCAAGACGUGCACACUGGCACUAGAUAAAGUGCUUGUUGACUUUGGCACUCAUGUGGUGGGAGAGACAAUUUCGCGAACCAUCAACCUGACAAACACUGGAGCUUUGGGAACGAGAUUCAAAGUUCAGAUGUCAGCAGGUGACAGUGGCACACGUGGAGCAGCAGCAGCAUCUUCUACUGCAAGAAUGGUUACUCAACCGUGCAGUGACUCCGCUCCUGAAAAGGAAGACAGGAAUAGUUCCAUAACAUCUGUGCUUGAAAAGAAAGAAGAAGUUUGUCCUGAUCAUAGUGAAGAACCAACCUGCUGCGUAGCUGGGGCGGAGCAGCAGAGGGCUGAGACAAGUGGUAGAGAACAACUCGCUCAAGAUGCAUUCAAUUUCCAUUCAGGUAUAGACGCAGACAAUGCACAUAAUUCAAUGGAACCUUCUCCUGAAGAAACACCAACUGAAAUUAUGCUGGGAAAGGUUACUGAAGGUGAAAUCGGACCCUUCAGCUCAGUCAAACUUCAGAUUGUAUUUAGGCCAUCUAUCCCUGGGGAUGUACGGGCAGAGUUUGUGAUCACGUUUGACAACUCAGACUGCAAACCACUGUACUUCGGUGCCGUUGGAGUCUCUAUUGACGUGCCAGUUUGGGUGCCCAAUCCCAACGUUGAUUUAAAAAUCUGUAUGUAUGACCGACUUUAUCAGGAUUGCAUCGUCAUCCGGAGCAGAGCAAAAACUACGCUGCCUUUGAAGUUUGAAGUAUGCAAAGAAUUGAGCAAACACAUGAAGCUGCUUCCAAAAACAGGUUACAUUCAAGCCCAGUCAUCCUUCAGUGUGCAGCUGAAGUUUCUGCCCAGGCGCUCUCUCCCCGAAGAUGCAGGGAGCUAUUUUAAUGGAGAGACAAGCGUGCUGGAAGCUCCGGUGAUGAUACAGAUUGCAGACAAUACUAAACAAAUUAGUUUUACUGUCCAUGCAAUUGUUACUACGUCUGACUUGGAAAUCAGUCCAACAGAAAUCAAUUUUGGCUACUGCACCAUCUAUGAAGCUGUGUGGACAAAUGUCACGCUAACAAACAAGUCCAUCCUGCCACAAGAGUUUGGAUUUGUGAGACUCCCAGAGUUUGUUGAAAUUCAGCCCGGUGAUGGACUUGGAGUUCUUCUUCCCCUUGAAAGUCUGACACUGGACAUAAUCUUUAAAGCCAACAAGGCAAAAGAGUACAGCUUUGAACUGACCUGCAAGACAGAGGUUAAUAGACAAUUCAAGUUGUCAUGCAGAGCAGUUGGAGUCCACCCACCUCUUGAAUUGUCUCAUUCCUUAGUUCAGUUUGCUGCAACAGCUCUAAAUGAUGUGUCUACAGCAACGCUGUAUGUGAUGAAUUCCCAUGUGAGUGCCAACCACUUUACUCAUGCUGUCCCAAGAAUUGGCAGUGGGGAAGUUGCCCCUGCUGGACCCACUUCGUUUGAAUUCCACGUGCCAGAAGACUGUCCUGUGACAAUCACGCCUUCUGUUGGAACCGUGUUGCCUGGGAAGAAAAGCUCGAUUCAAGUGUCCUUCAGACCAACAUUGUCAGAUCAGCUAAUCAGAGAAGAGGCAGCUCAGAGGCUUUGCAGAGCAGCUGCAACAGGGGCAGAAAUACAAUUGCAGAAAAUGAAGAAAGAUGAAAAGAGAGAGGGAAAGAAAUUAAGCCUUCCCAUUUCCAGACAGCCGUCUUCCAGACAGUUCGUAAAGACUGGAAGCAUGAAAUACCUGAGUUCUUCAUAUGAAUCUGAGCAACCAGAAUCCAAAGAGAUAAAGCCUGACUUGGAAGCUUAUACAGCAGCUCAGGCAUUCCUGACAAGGAAUUUCAGAGGGAGGUUUGAAAAAUACAUCAUACCGUGCUUUGUUGCAAGUGGAGAUAUUGAUGAAAAGAAAGGCUCAGAGAAUCUAAGCUUCAGCCCCUAUAACACCUUGUAUUUGGAGCUGCAUUGUCCAGCUGUAGCACCAUCUGUUGUGGUCACUUCAGAUAAUGGAAAAAACACGGUCGAUUUCGGUGGUGUGGCAGUAGGCCAAACAAUAUUUAAGCGAACUACAAUACAAAAUAUCUCCCCGGAGAAGCUGGAACUACGAUUCUCAGUUCUGAAUCUCACUGGUCCCUUCCUGCUGGUCAGAGCAGUUAGGAUGCUUGAGCCAGGUGAAAUCAAAACCCUCAUCAUCUCUUUUUCUCCAAAUGAGAAUAAAUCGUUUUUUGAAACGCUGGACAUCCAGACUGUGAAAAACAACUUAGCACUAAGGAUCACUGGUCAUGGGGUGACGCCAUCCACUGUUUGCUCUGUGGAAGAAGUACUUGAUAUGGGAUAUGUCCUAGCCAGUGAGAAGGCAACUUCUACAUUCAAGAUAGAGAACAAUUCCACGCUGACCCUGCCAUACUCCAUUCAUCUGGCUUCAUUUUCAUCAGCAACGGACAAAGAUUUUCGGAGGAUUCCAUCCUUCCUUAUGUCCUCUUUGCAAAGAACAGAGACUGCUGGAACAGAGAACUAUAAUGGUUUAAAUGUGUUUAGUGUCACUCCGACAGAAGGAGAAAUUGUUGCUGGGAACAGCCAGGACUUUACUGUUACUUUCAGUCCUGAUCAUGAAGGUCAAUACUCUGAGUGUCUCAAGGUUGUGCUCUUUGGCAAGAAAACUGCCCAUGUGAUCCAGCUCAAGGGUGCAGCAAGAGAUCACCCCAUGUUUGUGGAAGGUGGAAUUCCACUAGAUGUGCCCAUUGAGGCCUUGGCUGUAACAUCACCUCUGCCAUUGCAAAAAGCACUAAAAGAAGAGCUACAAGAACCAGUGAAGUCCAUUCUCCUGCUUCUGGAGCACACUGAGGGUGAGAACUCCCUAGUGCCAGCAGGGACCGAGCUGAAAGUCGGAGCCAUACGGACAGCACAGUUUGCAUCUAAGAAGAACGUGGAGUUCAGUUUUGGUAAUCUCUCACACCUCCAGGGGAAGGGAUUCACUAUUGAACCUGUGAAGGGAAAAGUUGAUCGCGGUCAAGUAAAAUGCAUCAGUGUUUGUUGGGUGCCACCUGCUGACUUCGAUGCCAGUGCCCCCCUGAUUGAGACAGCGUUCCUGACCUUAAAAGGCAACAUUAAGGAAUCCUACCGAAUCCUCUUUGUGGCAACAGUUGUAUCUGCUCCCACUAGCUGAGGGCCCAAAGCUACAUGGAAGGUGAAGACUUCAUACUUUGGGGAAAUCACUGGGUCUCAGAUGGAAAGUGGAAAGAUUUUGAAACCGUUGCAAAUAUGUGAGGGGAGGAGGGAAGCAGAAAGGAAGGUAAUUCCUUUCUGUGCAAUUCCUGCUUUUUUUCCCCACAAAAUUCUAUAAAAACUCUGUAUCUACUACUUUUAUUUUCAGACUGACCCAGUGGUAAUAACCUUGUAGUACAGGGAAGAAUUAACAUGAGGGACCAAGCAGAUAAAUCUGCUGUUAAUUGCAGUGUCUUCCGAAGGCAGGAAUUCCCUCAGGAAUAUCUUUUUUUUUUUUUUUUUUUUUUUUUUACCUCUAACUGGGUGAGUUUCAAACAAUGCGUCUGUUUCCAACUUCAUAUGCAUUUCAAUGGCUGUGGUGUUGGGUUUUUUGUUCUUCCUGCUAAGACCAGAAUAAAGCACUUUAUUUUAAGCCUC